UCUUUAAUGAAUUUAUUUUUUUAGCUUUCAUAAAAUAGUUUUGCAACUUAUAAAAGUUAAAUUUGUUACUAUUUGAUGGGUAAGAAACAGUCUAAACAGAAGGUCUUAUCAACAGAAAGAUCUAAAGUCAUCCAACAUUAUAACCCAGUGACAAGUCUUGAUUUUUAUCAAGAAUAUGUACUAGCUGCAAAUAGUGUUGGAAAUAUUGAUUGUUAUGAUGUUGAGUCAAAGAAUAAAAUCAGCCAAUACUCUCCGCAUCAAGCUGAAGUAACACAGGUUGUAUCGCAUCCAAGCCACAUAGGCUUCUUUUCUUCUUCCAGAGAUAAAGUUAUUUGUUUUAAUUCUUUUGACACACAAGUCAUUCAAAAGUAUGAAGAUCACAAAUUAGUGGUUACGGCUUUAUCAACAAACCAAGAUGGUACCCAAAUGGUGUCAGGUUCAAGAGAUUGUACUGUGAAACUUUGGGAUGUUUCUACUAAAUGUGUUCUAAAAUCAAGUUCUAUUGCUCAAAAUAUGGUUACAGAUAUUAAAUGGUCACAUGAAAACAAUUUGAUUUUUCAAUCCAGUGAAGACAGAUCUACCAAGCUUAUGGAUCCUAAAACUCUUUUUGUUGUUUCAUGUUUACCAAAAAAAAAUUAUUUUCAAACUUGUUUGGAUGUAAGUUCAUUUAAUUUGGUGACAGGGAGCACAGGAUGUAACGGUACAGGCUGUGAGCUUGUUGUCUGGGAUAUCAGGCAACUUAAAUCUUUGUAUACUAUAAUAAAUUCACACGCUGAAAAACUUACUGACUGCAAGUUUUUAAAAACAUUUAGUAAUGAUACAUGCAUAGUAACGUCAUCAUUGGACUCUACAAUUAAAGUUUGGGAGUCUGAUUUGUCUGCUUCCAUUGAUGCUUAUUCGAUAUCUACUGGCAAAGGUGUGACCUCAUUAGCUGUCAGUAUGACUUUAAAUAGAAUUGCUGUCGGUACAUUUGAGUAUGGUUUGCAUAUGUUCGAUUUUACUAUGAAAAAGUUUAAUCCACUCUACAUUCUUUAGUAUUUUUAUGUAAAAUAGUCACUGACGUUUUAGAGAGUUUUAAUGUAUAUUUACUAUACAAAGAAUGUUUCAUAAAUAGAAUUUUAAUUAUAUAAAUAGUAACUUAUAUGUACUAUAUAAAAAGUAACUUAAUUUUAUGCUGAAGUAAAUAGUUUAUUAUAAAGUCUACAAGAUUUUGUUUUCGAAUUUAUAUAAAACUUAUGAUUUCAUGAUGAGAAUUUUUAUAAUUUUAUUUAAAGUUUUCAAAGUAUUUAUUAUUGGAACUUAUGAUAUAAUUAUAAUUUUUAUAGGAACUGUC